CACCGUGAAUUAAACCGGCUCUGAUAUAGACCAGAAACCGUCUUAUUUCAUCAGCUAUUUUAUCGGUUUUCUGAUCCUCUGCACGCAUGUUUUACUACCCGCAAGUUUUAAAGCGCCACACAGGAUGUUUUUCUACUAUCUGGCUGGUGGCUACAAAAGGCAUCAGAGUCCCUCGACGGGACUUCCUGAAAGUCAACGUUAAAAGCACCUGCGACGACAUCAUGAACUACGUGCUGGAGCAGGUCCCGCCGCCUCUGCCAGGUCUGCCGCGACCUCGCUUCUCCCUCUACCUGUCCUCUCAGCUCCAGUACGGCGUCGUCGUGGUCUACCACCGACAGUGUGUUAUCCUCCUGGAGGAGCUUCAGUCCAUGGUGGGCCAGCUGGUGAAGCAGAGGACUUCACAGCAAAUUGAUAUGGAUGUCCAGAGCAGACAAGCUCCGGUCCUGCCAGAUGCUCUGUCUCUACAGGAGGAGGCAGAGGGAGCUCCUGACCCUUUCUUUGGACUGAUGCACCUUCAAGAACCCAUGCCCAGCCCUGGUACCCUGGCAGAGAUGAGUCGGGAGUAUCAGAGGGAGGAGUCUCCUGAGCAUCCUGAAGCGACCAGUCCAGCCUCUACUGCUGCUGCUGCUGAUGCCGAUGCCGAUGCUGCUGCUGCUGCUGCUGCUUCUCCCGUUUCUCUAGAAAGCAGCAUUACCGCAUCACCGGACACCAUCACUCUGAGGGAGACGGAGCCUGUUGCCAUCCCCGUUGCAGAGUUUGAGGGCGAAGAACUUGCUAUGCAGCAUCCGGACAUUGUGGACUUCCUCUUGGCCCAAACAGAUCACUUCCCUGAAGGAGACGUGGAGCCACCGAGACAAGAAGAAGUGGCACCAUCAGAGCCAGAGAGAGAGCCGGAAAUGGAAAGAGGAGAGCACGACCUGGGGCAAGAGGAGGGAACGAGGGAGCUCCCAGGAUCCACUCUGGAAUUGCAGCCCACCGCCACCUCCGCUGAAGACGCCACGUUGCUGCCGCAGGAAGAGUCAGGACUUCCCACAGAGAGGCCCGGACCCCCGACAGAUCAGCUCACCCCCGUGUCCGUCCCCGGCCUCCCCUCCCCGCCCUCUGUCGCGGAGGAACGUCAAAGACGUCUAAGAGAUCUGGAGUUAGAGGAUAUUCCUCCUCCACAACCGAGGACCAGGAGGAGGAGGAGGAGGCAGCUGAUCUUCUUUGACCCGGAGACGCAGCUCUCCCAGGAGGCCCUGCAGGAGCAGAUCGACAACCCCCUGACCGAGACCAGGCGGCCUCCCCUCACCCUGCCUCCUUCUCGAAGGCUUCCUCCUGCCGCCGAUCUCUUCAACAACCCCUGCAACUCAGCCUUGCCGGAGGAGAUUGAGUCUCUAUGGAGACCGGCCGCGACCAUCACACCUCUCUCAGGCUCAGACCUGCAGCCCGGGGACAGAGGGCCCGAGUCCACUGACUCUGAGAGGGACGGACAGCCAGAGACGGUGGAGGAGGCUGAAAGAGAGGAGGAGAGACUCGGGCUCAGCCCCCAGGAGGUCCAGAGAGAAAUGGCAGAAGAAGAGAUGUUUCAUGAUAUUUCAGCCCACGGUACACUGCCACUGGAGGUCUCUGACCAAAGGGAGGCGUCUCGAGAGAUCUCCCCCAUGCCAACAUCUGAGAGAGAAGGGUCCAUCGUCUCCAGGUCUGUCUCUACUCUACCCGACAUCCCAGAGGUGCUGGAUGAGCUGCCCGGACAAGCACCAUCAGAGACUCCUGAGACGCUGCCAGAGCUGGACGAGGGUGAGACGCCGCCUGUUAUUUUUCAGUCUCUUUUGCCGCCUGACGCCGACAGCCGGACUGUCAGCAACAUUUUUCAGAAGCUGCUGGGUGAGAGGCUGCCGCUUCGCUCCUCGUCUCUUCGGCCCAUCAGUCACGUUGAAAUCGUGUUAAUGUUAAAGCAUCAACACCGGAGGAAGCUCUUAAAUCAAUAUAGUGUUUAUCGGCCAGGACGAUGCGCGCGCAGCAGGACGUACCUUAUGGCGACAUCAUCAUACUUCCUGGUUCCAACUUUGAAGAACUGACUUUGUAACACAACAAUUCAAGCACCUACGAGCCGUUCUGUGUUCACAGCCAGACAGAUGAAAUCUGCAUUUGAACGCAAAACAGUCGUAGAAGUUAAACGUUUUGUCAGUAAUCAUUUCGUAAAAUUUGUUAUUACUCUGUGUAGUUGCCUUGUUAGAAAUGAUCUAUGUUUUUUAAAGACAUUUUGUGGAGUUUUUACUAAUUUAAACAGUGUUUGCAUCAUUGUUCCUUGUUGCUAAUUGUGACCAACAGGUUAUAUGAACUUUAUAACACUUCUAAUGAAUAUUUAACGGUAGUUUUUAAUGAACUCGCCUGCGUAGCCUCUGUUUAGUAAAGUGUUCUUUUGCACUUGAGCUGCGA